UCUCCUAACUCAUCCCUACCUCUACAAUCCCCACUCUAUAUAUUACAACACCAUUGACUCCAAAACCAUCAUCACCAAACAUACAUAAUCACAAAUCAAACAAGUCAGCGACAAUGUCAAUCGCAAGAGUCUUCCUCUGCCUAGGUUUUCUCACCUUCCUCACUUCCCCACUUGUGCUAUGCUCUUCUAGCCCCAAAGUGGUGGCUGUAGCAGCAUCAGCCUCAACACAAGAAGCUCCAAAAAGACAUAUUGAUCCUCCGGCAAUGCUUGUUCCUGAAUCCACCGAGGUUGAUUUAUCAUCCUCCAUGGCCAAGAUUGAUGAUGAGUCUGCAAGAAACUCUGCCAUAUCCGGUUUCUUCAGGUAUAGAUUCCCAUUCUACGGCUGGCCUUUCCCAAUGGUUAAGCCUGCAAAUCCUUCUGUUCCUGCAACACCGGUGACCGGAGCUGGGGAAGAGGAAUCUGAGAAGGUGCCUUCUUCACCAAGCGAAGGAAAUAGAGAUGGAGGCAAUGCAUAAAGAUGAAUGAAGACAAGAAAUGCUCUACUGCAAACUUAUAUAUUGUGUUUAAUGACAUAUUGUGUCGAGUGUUAAUGUACCAUGUACUAUAAAUGCUAUGUGACAUUUAACAUGGAUAAUGAAAUGAAUACUGAUUAUAUUA